UGUUGGUGUGGGACCAGGCCGCUAGAGGGCGCUGCUCGAGAUCGUCCCUUCUUACCAUGGUGAUGACUGGAGCGGGGCUGGAGGUCAGAGUUCAAUGUUUGACAGAAAGCUGAAUAUGGAUUCCAUAUUUCAUGAGAAACAAGAGGGCUCUCUUUGCGCCCAACACUGUCUCAACAACCUCCUGCAGGGUGAGUAUUUCACCCCUGUGGAUCUGUCCUCCAUUGCUCAUCAGCUUGAUGAAGAGGAAAGAAUGAGGAUGGCUGAAGGAGGUAUGGCCAGUGAGGAGUAUAGGACCUUCUUACAGCAACCAUCUGGGAACAUGGAUGACAGCGGGUUCUUUUCAAUUCAAGUAAUUAGCAAUGCCCUGAGAGUGUGGGGUUUGGAGUUAAUCCUCUUCAACAGCCGGGAGUACCAGAGCCUGAUGAUUAAUCCAAUAAAUGAGAAAGCCUUUAUUUGCAACUACAAGGAGCACUGGUUUACUAUACGGAAACUCGGACAACAGUGGUUUAAUCUGAAUUCACUGUUGACUGGACCAGAGUUGAUAUCAGACACCUAUCUAGCACUUUUCCUUGCACAGUUACAACAAGAAGGUUAUUCCAUAUUUGUGAUCCGAGGAAACCUCCCAGAGUGUGAAGCAGAGCAUAUUCUUGGGAUCAUGAGGGUGCAGCAGCAGCAGCGACCAAGGCUUAUUGGAGAGGAUGAAGCCCAGACAAGUGCAGGUAUGUCAGCAGCUCUAAGCCAGACAGAGAUGGUCUUUGGUGUGGAGGAUGAGGUUGUUGAUGAAGAUGAAGAGCUGAAGAAAGCUCUGGCAAUCAGCAGACAGGACAUAGAUGUGGAAGAUGAAGAAGCUGAUCUUCGCAGGGCCAUACAGCUUAGCAUGCAAGGUGCAGUGAUGAGCAACAAGUCCUCAGAGUCUGAAAUGGGAAAUGUGAAAUCAGGGAGCCAGGCAGCGGGGAGUGCUGCAGGAGGACAAAAAGGCGGCCAAAAUGAAGCACUAACAGCUGAGGAACUGCGGAAGAGGAGACAAGCCUAUUUUGAUCGGCAGCAGCAACAAGCUCAGCCGAACAUUCCUCAACCAGACACAAAAUCAUCAGAUGGCUCAGGAUCAGUAAACACUGGCUCUGAAGAGGACCAACAACAAAAGCCCAGCCAGUGAAGGUGUACAAGGUUUGCCCAUGUUGUUUACCACCUGCCAGGAUUGGCAACCCAAUACGGGGGUAGCUUUGCUCCUUCCUCUAACCUUUUGCACAUGCGAACAUAAGGACAGUCAGAAGGCUGACUUGUUGCCCCUGAUUAGUUCGCUGACGGCUUAUAGAGAAGAGAAAAACGACAAAGAAAAGGCAUCAGUUAGUCCAAUCUAACUCAGUGAGACACUAACGCAGGGAAAAGGGUGACCACAGAACUCAUGAAGCAGUUAAUCCAAGUUUGCAAUUGCCUUUGUACCAUGUCGCCUUCUAUUUCUAUUGUACACUUUUUUUAUUCUCGUUUUUUUUCUCUGCAAGAGAUGGUAAGGUAUCUUCAGCAUACAAAGGGUGCGUUUACUUGUUUGGGGUGAAAACAUACAGAGAUGAUUGUUCUGUGAAAGCCAUAAGAGACCAAUGUUGACCACAGAUGGAAGUUUGAUGGAUAAUGACAGAGCCCCUUACCUUUCUUUUGGACUUGUGUGUGUUGGACAUAAGAUUCCAACACACGCCCCAACAGAACAUCGGUGUAGUUUUGAAAUAAUUUCUUGUAGUGAAUAUCUUUUAGCCAGCAGCACUAAAAUAUGUGGGUAAUUAAAUCCUAACUUAAUAAUGUUACUUGCAGACGAGUGAACUUCCAAGGUAUUUAGACAGCAGCAUAUUGUUGAUGUUGUGGCUUUGUUAUCACCUUUAAGUGUAUAUGUAGGCAUAAGGAAAUGUAAGAUUACACAUCUCACAAACACUUAUUAACACACACAAUAUUGAGGGUGUUUUGUCCAUUUGUGAUGGGCGCUGAAUAAAAUAAUUCUAUAGAACUAUUGGCUGAAUCUAAGAUGCUUUUGACUGAUGCAAAUGUUCCAUCUGUAAACAGCAUGAAACUGCAGCUGAUCGAUAAAUACAUAGUUAUUUUAUCCAGCACAGUGUAAUCACUUAAAACCAAAAAAAGUCUGGCAUGUCCAACCAGAGUGUUCAUCUGUUGUUUCUCUCAUCAGUAUUUGUCUUGAAUUGUAUAAGGAAUUUAUUAUAAAGAAAAGAUUGUUAAAAG